AGAAGCUUUGCGACCAGUUUUAAUCGUAUCCCGUCAUGUGACCAGAAAACAGACGUACUGUAGAUUCUUCAGUGAGUCUUACUGGUUCAAGUGGAUAUAUUUGCGGGUGUUAACCUAGUCUCUUCAUUGAAGAUAAUUGGAGAGUUAGUGAUAUAAGCCACAGUGAACCUUGGCCUCCAGAUUCCUUAACCCUAUGCAUGGAAAAAGAAGGCAGGUAGCCGGGAUAUCCCUUCCAAUCCAACCACUGGAACAAAUUUGAUUUGGAAAUUACUUUUCAGCUUUAUAAAGGUUACAUUAGUUAAUUAUGUCUAAGAAGAAGAAGCAUAAGGAAAGAAAGCGACGUUUAUCUUCCAGCUCUUCUGAAAUGGAAAUGCCAGAACCGUUCAAACUGGAUGCAAAAACAGAAUUUUCAAGAAAGAAGUACUCCAAACACAAGCUGAAAGAUGAAGGUUCUUGCAUUCGGGAACAUAAGAGGCACAGAAGAGAAACCAGGUCACCUGGACAUGCAGUGAUUCCUGGCUAUAGUAGUAAAAUUAAGGAUAAGAAGCUUGUGCAAGACCAUGGAAGCCAGGCAAAGCUUUCCAAAUGCAAAACCUCAGAUGAGAGACAUUUCAGUUUAAAAUCUAAGAUCAGAAAUUACAGACAGACACCUGGGAACAUCACAAAGUCUCAAGUGAAGCUACCAAACCAAAGUACAUGGAAGGAGUCUUCUACAAAACAAACCUUUGAGGGAUAUGAGAAAGAAGUAAACACUGAAACAUAUUUUGAAAAUUUACUUUGCACGUCUAAUUAUGGAACAUCCAGAGACCUUUCCAGAAGUGCUGUUCAAAAAAGUGAUAGUGACAGAUUUGCAAAAGAUUGCAACAUUCAGCAAAUUCCCAUGCUUCAAAAUACAGAACUCAAAAAUAAUUAUGUUCAAAUGUCAAAAUUCUCUGAACAUCUUGGUCAAAAACUAAAUGCAAAGAACAAAAGAUUUAGUAAAUCAGCAAGUCCUUGCAAACAAAAAUCAUCUACUACACAUGCCACACAUACCUCACUUAUUAAGAUGAAAAUUGCCAAAAAAUCCACGAUGUUGAAAACAUCCCAUAAAGUGAGUGAAUCUGUUGCUACUCCUAAUUCAGAGAAACUGUCAAAGUAUGAAACCAUUAAUUGUUCUCUAGCUGAAAAAAUGAAAGAAGGGAGUUCUUGUCAUUCUUCAAAGUUUUUUAAAAACAAAUAUAUACAAAGAAAGAAAGUGGAAUGUACAAAUGAUUUCAGACUGCAAAGUCCAGCAAAAGAACCUUUCUUCACUAGUUUUACUAAACAGGUAUUGGUUUCAUCAAGCACCGUUAGAAACCAGGAGGCAUCAGAUGAGCACAAAAAAGUGGAAACAAAAUGCAUUGAAGAAAGGCCUAUUUUCAGUCAAACGAUCUCUAAAAUACCAAGCUCCUUUUCUGAAGUGCAGGAAGAUCAAAGUAAAGAUCAAGAGAUGCUGCUAGCGGAGGAGCUUCAUGUAGCUCGCUCUGAAAAACGUCUGGAGGUUGAUGUAGUGAACUGCUAUGGGGAGUUGACAUCUAUGGAUAUUGACCUUCCUGAAGAAGAUGCAAAAUUACUUAUAAGGAAAAAGAACUUGGCACAAAAUCUGCUUAUUGUCCUGGACACAAAUAUCCUUCUCAGUCAUCUAGACUUUAUUAGGAUGCUUAAGGAACAUGGAAUACCAGGCAUGGGUUUCCCUGUUUUAAUUAUCCCUUGGGUGGUUCUACAGGAACUAGAUGCUGUCAAGAAUGGAAAGCUGUCUCUUUUAGUGGUAAAAAAGGCAAUUCCAGCAGUUAACUUCAUAUACACCUGUUUGAAAAGCCAAGAUCCACGAUUAUGGGGGCAAUCUAUGCAGCAGGCCUCCCAGGAAACAUAUGGUUUGAGUAUUGAAAAUAAUGAUGAUCGUGUGCUGCAGUGCUGUCUUCAGUAUCAGAACAUGUAUCCAAAUGUAAAUGUUGUACUUUGCACUAAUGACAAGAAUUUGUGCUGCAAAGCCAUGCUCAGUGGAGUGAAAGCUGUUAGUAAAUCUGACCUUAUUAUUGAGUUAGAAAAUCUUGGGAAUAACAGAUGUGUACACUCAAGUCAAGAUUCCCAAAACACCUUGCAUCAGAAAAAGGAAUCAUUCAGCAGACGGUGUGAAAAUAAAGAGGAAUUACAAGACAACAACAACUUAUCAACCUGUGAUGUGGCCAGCGUUAUCAGUACUAUUAAAGAAUCUUUAAGAAAAGCACUUUCAAUGGUAUUAGAAACUGAGAUGAAGAUUGCCUUUGAUAAUCUUUGGACAGAGAUUGUUUAUAUGAAGCCUCCCUGGACACUUUCUGACAUUCUGAAGUGUUUUAAAAAGCACUGGAUUGCUGUAUUUGGACAACUUGUGUCACGGAAUCUCCUUCAUAAUGUUAAUUCACUGUAUGACAAUCUUUAUAAAGGACAAAACAUUGACAGACCUUCUAUUAAGAUUAUACUCCAAGAUGCCCUACAUGUUCUGUAUUCUUUCAGUUCACGAUCAAGUUAUGAUGGUAUUCUCUCUGAGGCCUGUGCAACACUUAGUCAAUUAGCACAGUGCGUGUUUCAGUCUGACUCAAAAGUUGUAGAGAAUUACUGUACUGCAUUUGAAAACAAACGUCCAAGUAUUACUGUGAUGUCUUCUGAAAAUCAGCCAGUAAUGUCAGGUGAUUAUGAAUCUUCACAACAAGCUGUCUGCCACCAAGAUAUAUGGGCAGUGUUUGAAAGGAUAUGGAAUGCAGUGUGUCAGUACAGCAAAGCUAUUUUUGAAACGUUCAACUAUCCAUGUACAUUGGAAGCUGUGCUGCCUGACACAAAUCGCCCAACUCCCCAUGAAGCAUUUGUCUGCUUACAGAAAUUAAUGUUACUUGGGAAAGAACUUCUGAAUGCCUUUGAGAGGGUUCUGGAAACAAAUGUAUGUUUUGAAGAUGUGCAAGCCCUUCAUAACUGUAUCACCAACUGUGAGAUCACUUCUGUUGAUCAAAGGUUCACAGCCCAGAGGUUAUAUGAAUGCAUUAGCCAAUACGAAUACAGAAAGAAGCUGGAAGUGGGGAAAAAUCAGUUAGCAGAGCUGAGCUAUAAUCUGGAACGAUGCAACACAGCAAUCUGUACAGAAGCCAGGAACAUGGGCUGGAUAUAAGCCUAAUUAAAAUGUAUCAUUUGAGAAGGUUUAAAGGUCUUCCACUUUGUGAAGCAUAUUAAAUACACAAUAGUGUAUUUGCUGAUGCUAUGCAAUUAUAACACAGAGUUGCUUUUAAAGCUCCUUUUUACAGUUUUUUUUUUGGCAGAUAUAAAAUAGGGGAGGGGAAGAACACUCAGAAUGUUAAGAUCUAAGGCAUGUUUUUGAAACAGCACCCAGUUCCAGUUUAAUUUUCAUUCCAAUUUUAUUUGAGGUUCAUUUAUUCAGUACAACACUAUGCCUUAUUAUUAGCAAUUAUUUGGUGUACAGCAAAAUUGACUUUGCUUUUUUAUAUUCAUAUUUUGCAAAAAAUAUCUUGUAAAACUAUAAUAAAUAUCAAAGCCUUUUAAAUAUUCAGAGUCUGAAGAAACCUGUACAAAAGCAGGUUAAGUAACAAAUGUUUGCCAUUUGUUUUAAGUUAGCUUAUAUAGAAAGCAGAAAUUCAUCUGGUGUAUUCAGAUAGUCUUUUAUGGCCAGAGUACAUAUGGAAAAUCUAAAUAUUUGCUUUUUUCCAAAUGAAAUUAUAAUGGUUUUACAAAGGUGCUUUUACCUGUUUUCCUCCCAAGUACAGCGUGUUUUACAGUGUAAAUAGGUUUCUUUAAAUAAAUCUUAUAAUGACAGGAGCAGAUGGUUUCAUAAUGAAAUCACCUUCAACAUGAUAUGUGAUGUAAAAUUAAUUAUCCCUACCAUCAUUAUCAUUGGCAUGCCCAACAUUGUGCAGUAAGUUGUUGUUGGAUAUAAAUGAGGGCUAAAUUUUCUGCUUUGAGAUCUACAUGUGAACAGCAGCUACACAGAACUUGGACCCUGAUUUUCUCCCAGCUGAUAUACCUUUUAAUCACUUGUGAGUGUGGCUGGCAUCUCAUCUUUAAAUGCUUUCUGCCUCUCGGCACUUCCUACAGUUUCAGUUUUAUAUAAUUUUUUCAAGGAUUAUAACUUUUGAUGUUUUUACUUUCCUAGUUCUUUAUUCAAAAUGAUAACCAAAAGUGGGUGAAACAACGACGGAACAUUUAUAACUUCUCUAAACUUGACCUAAUGCUUACUCUAGACCUUCUUCCCAGGUUCCAAAAACUUGGAUCUACAUUGCUCUUUGUGUUACUGAGUGUGUGGGGUUUCCCAGCAAUUAUACUAGGGCUUAUUAAAGCUUCCUGCUGUUGCCCAAGAUGGAUUCUGGUACCCUUUGAUCCUGAAUUGGAUAUUUAGAUGUAAUGUAUGAGGACUAAGUCAUAAGUGAAAAUGGAGUAGAGUAGCGGGCUCAUCACAAAGCCCUGUGAAACACAAGAGUGUAGGGACAAAGUGUAGUUGUCUUACUUAACUGACCAUAUUCAGAUGAUGAAGAACGAAGUCCAGUAUCCAUUUAAAGAGGGUGAUGUUUAAAGCCAAAUUCACUGAGCCAUGUAUUCACCUUGGAGAUGAUGAUAGUAUUAAAUGCCAUACUAAAGUCAAUGAAUAACAUCCUCACAUACUGUAGGUGUCACUGUUGUCCAGGUGGGUCAGGACUGUGUUAAGUGCCAUAAAACAGUUUGUUUAGUUGGAUAAUCUGCAAAUGGAUAGGCUUUCAUUGUGAAGAGUAUUCAUGCUUUAAAAUGAAUGAAGACUUAACAUCUUAAUGCAAUUUAUAGUGAUGGAGAAGAAUAAAACUGGGUGGAGGUCAUUAAAGAUCAUUGCAGUGGAUUGCUUAGUCACCAGUACUAUAAUUGUAAUCUUGAGAGUAGUUAGAACAACAGCGUGGCCUGAGGACAGAUUGAAAAUGCCAGAGAAGACACCUACCUGCUACUCCACCCAAGUUCAGAGCACAGGACCAGGGACACCAUUAGGGCCAUCUGCGUUAUUCACCUUUCUCAGUGCAGUACAUACAUCGGUGGUGGAGAGUGGAAGAUGUUAGUAGUCAUUUGGGGGGGGCGUUGAAUGUGCCCAGUUUUAAUGGGUAUUGAUUUAUUGGCCUGAUUAGAAUGAGCAUAGAAGCUGUUAUGCUCAUUGGGAAGGAACACGUAGCUGGUAGGGAAAGCAGUGUUGUUUAAUUUGUAGACUGUAAUAUCCUUGAUGCCCUGCCACAUGUGUUGAGGGUUAGAAUUGUUAUAAAAGUGCUCCUCAGUUUGCAAUUUGUGGUCACGUUUGAUUUUCAGUUGUCCCUCCAUAAAUUUAACUCUGGAUGAACCUUUGUAGUGCCAGAGCUAAAAGUAGCAUCACAUUCCUAUAGCUCUAGGCAAACUUCACUAUUCAUCCACCGUAUCUGAUUAGGGUAGGUUCUUAUGCAUUUCAGAGUCUUGGCACUAUUAGUGGAAGAGUCCACCACUCAAAAACCAUAGGUGUCCAGGUCUGUGUAGGAUACAGAGUGGCAGAUGUACUUCAAUCUGUAUGUAGGCAAUGAUCCUGCAGUAUCAAAACAGGACCUACAGGCCAUAAUUUAGUUAUCCUCACUUUUGGUUUUAAACAUUUAAUGUAAGUACUUAGCUUUGUAAGCCUCAACAAUAUUGGCAUAACUGAAUGUCUCCUCUAGGAGGACAGGAGUCAUUCUAGUGAAAUACAGUCUUGACUACUAAGUGGCUUUCUUUUGCUCAGUGUGUUGGAUUUUGUCAUAGGCUUUGUUUCUGUUCAGUGUGUGUUCUAUGGACGUAUAGUAAGGCAUUGUUAAUCCUUCGAAGUCUAGGCUGUAAGUGGACUUUUCCUGGCAGCAUAAGAUGAAAUUUGAGAACUAGUCCUAAACCUAGACAGGGCACCAGUCCAUCUCUGACGUUUUAUGAUACAGUGUAUCACAGAAAAAGUUAGUGUAAAUGUUUGAAACCUUUUGUCCGCUGAGAGUAGGCUAUUAAUACUGGAAGAGCAAGUUGGCCUGCGCCUCUUUAAGUUGCAGUGCAUAGCUACAAGAGAUGAAACUAAGAGUGAACAGAUGGCUAUGCUCCACCUCCUGCGUCUGAGUGAAAUGGACAGAAAAAUCUUCUCUCGAGCCAGUCAUCAUGGUGCAUUCUCACACUGAGAGAAAGAACACUUUGUUUACAGUAUAUUUGUUAAAACAUUUCCAUCACGUGAUAUGAUGUGGUUUCUCUAAUGUUUCAUAUCCUUGCUUGUUCAAAGACUUUUUUUUUCUUAUUUUAUACACUCCUUAUUAAAAAUCAAGCAAUGGCCCCUGUUCUAAAAACAAUUGUUGAUGAAACCUAUGUUUGUUUCAAAUUAUCGUGGUGAUUGCUGUGAUUAGUUUAUACUAAAACAAGUCUCCAGACACUUUGGCAAGAGAAAGGCGUUUUUAUCAUCAUAUGAGAGAGCAGCAAAGGAAUGCAGUGUGUGGCUCGGUGUUGUCAGCCCAGAGAUGUACUUAUGCAGGGUAACUGCAUCACAGACUUCCAGUACAGCACAGUUACACAGGGAGAUGUUUGUUUUUUUGUAUUCUUACUCUUUAUUAUUCUUCCUUGUUUGUUAUUUUUAUUUCAUUCAGCCAGCCAUGCAUUUCCUCAAUCCUUUUUUUUUUUUUUUGCACAGUUAUGAACAGUGAAGGCUAUCUCAGCUGCCACCAUGAACAUGACACCUGUCCCAUCAUAGGGCUCACUCACACUCAAACUGAGCAUCUUAAGGUGUAGGUAAUUGUGUGUGUGUUUUAUUAUUAAAUACAUUGUCAACUUCACAUUAUGCAGGGCCAGUAAUGAGGCUACUUUUGCUUUCUUUCUGUGGGUUGAAGUUUCCAGCUAUUUGACAAAGACAUAAUACCAAAUAAUUUAGUUUGAAUAGACUUGAUGAGCACAAGGAAACAUAAAUUGAACAGAGAAUCAGCUCUUCUAUGCUAAUUUACAUUUUUCAGUUGUGAUAAAGCACGCUAGGGGUCCAUGGCAGUUUGUGUGACUGUGUGUUCAGGCUCGGAUUUCGUGGGUGUGUGCGGUUGUGGAGUUAGGCAGCUGCAGGGUGUUUGGUGUGGAGGUGAGCUGUUUGCUUAUUUAAUUUGGCUGUUCCACAUUGCCAUUCCACGAAUUUGAAUUGAGAGCCUGUGGGAGAGUCUGGAAAGGAGGAAAUUAAUUGAGAAAGUAAUGGGAGAGCAGAAUUGGUUGGGAGUUAGUGUCAGUCGAUGAUGGUGAAGUGGUCAAGGAAACCCCCAUUGUGGAGAGGUUAAGGGUUGCUCCAUGGGUGUACUGGAUCACUUCUGCUGUACCUUGGAGAGCACAAGCAGUUCUGGGGCUCCUAGAUAUCCCAUGAAUGCCGAAAUUGGUGUAGGGAAAAUGGAGCCGAGUUCAUUGCUUCUGGGCAGAUGGCAGUGGACAGGUGGUCUGGAUUGGGGGAUGAGGAGGACCCCAUAAGGAUCCAGUAGACACCAUGAUGUAGGAAAGACUGAGUUGGGUGAUGCCUAGGGAUUGUAGCCAGAACAAGAGUCGAAGGACCGCAUGGACCAGGAUCUUGGCACUGUUAAGCAUACCCAGGAGAUGGGUGAAUGGAGAGAGAUCAGAGAGAGAGAGAGAGCGCGCUAGACAGAUGAUUUUAAAAGGUCUAUUCUUCCUAUUUUUACCUUUGAUUUUAUGGGAUUAUUUAUUUUGAUUUUAAGUUCCUCACUCAGCACCGAAUUUAUGGACUUUGUCUUUUUAAGUUAUUUAUUCAUGAAGCACUGCACUUUUCUUCAUUGUUUUGAACACUUUGUUUGAGAAUGAAAUGCACCUUUGCACCAACCGUUGUUGUUAUGUGUGCCCUCAUUCUCCCUAGUCCAUCAUGGUUUGAUGACUAUCAAUGACCCGGGUUCUAGGGUGUAUGCCAGCUGUGGGCAACCCAUUCAUCACAUCAGUUCCCUCUAAACAAGGGUGGAUUUUCUUGUCAGUGAUUUGUGUGAUGUCCCAGAUACAUGGUUCUCUAUUCUCUUUCUAUGAGCGUGUAACCAAACCAUGUAUAGUUAGAAAGGAUCUUAUGCGUUCUAUUUGUGGAGUUUUAUUUGAGGAAGUUCAUAAUUAUAACUAAAGUUGUACUUUAAUAGUUCAACAUGAGAAAACAAUACAGACUAGCAACUAAAGAGUCUUCUACAAUGAUCUGAUGAGCAUGUCUAUAUCCGUCACCCAGCUGUUGAAUUUUUCAGGCUAAAUUCUUGACAACCGGUGGUUUUUGGCAAAGAAGUUUUUAGAAUUUCGAUUUAUCUUAGCUUAGUUAUUGAUUUUGAGGCUGCAGUGCAGUGUCAGAUAUUGUGAUGUGGCCCGAGUCCCAGUGAACUGCAAAAUCAUGGUGGAUUGUGGUUAUGGUUUGUUAUCUGUGGUUUUCCUUGGCCUUGACUGGUGAGCUGUUGCGUCUUCUGUUUUGAGGCCUCCAUGCUAAUGCGGGACAUAUUCGUCUUCUGCUGUGGUCAGACCUAUGCAUAGUUUGGGUUUGGGUUGCAUGAAGAGCAUAUUAGUAGCAGCCACUCUGUGUGUUCUUUUCCAUGUUGCAUGACGGAUGUGACACGGUGACCCAUCUUGUUUUACUCUUUGGGUAUGUUUUGCCAAGCCAUUUAUUUAGUGUCAGAAGUUUCCAUCAUGAUGUUGUCUUGUGGAUGGUGGUUCUGAGCCUUUGUCCUGUAUUGUGGAGGCUGUGGCUGUGAUGGUUUUUCCAGCAUUUCACCUAUGUUUGUCUUCCUUUGCUGACAUGAUUAGUGUUUAUUAAUGGUCUCUCAUUUUUAAGAAUGGUUUGCCCAUUCUCUAAAUAACAUCAUUCAUCUAUCUUAAGGAUGUGAAUGGAAACCAGAAUAGUGGAACAUUCUCUACUUUUCCAUCACAUUCAUCUUCUCUCAACCGAAUUACUCAACUCAUGGUUGCAGUGAGACUGAGCCAAGGCUGACAAAACAGGGUGCAAAGAAGCAGUCAACCCUGGGCAGGAUACCACAUACCAGUCCAUCACAGGACACAACAAGCUAGUGUAUUCCAUUUGAGUUAGCAUAUACCUGUAGUUGAAAUAAUAAGGUGAGCUUCACUUAUGGAGGUACCAUUUGAUGAAGAGAGCAAAGCAACUCAAAAAUAUCCAUUUGGAAGAAUUUCAAGAGAUGGAAAUGGUUCAGUCAAGUCCUACUAAGAAUGUUGUUUCCAUACUACAUGAAGGGGUGCCAUACUGAGUUAAAAAUCUAGUGUGGACAUGAUCUUUAUAAAAGUUGCCUGUUCUCCAUGUGCCUAUGUGAGGCUUUCUUGCUGUAAUCCAGUUUUUCUCCCACCUCCACCUGAUUGAUUCAACACAAAACUACACUGGUAUUCAUGAGAGUGACCUUAAAUAAACUGGCAUUCCACCCAUAGUUGGUUUCUGUCCCUUUAAAUAAUACCACUUGAGGCAAGGCGCAUUUAUGAUAUGCCAUAUACCCAAUCCGAGUCUAGGAGCAAAAAACAAAAAAUAGGCAUCUGCUCACUUCAAUAACGCUUGUCUAAUCAAAAUAUUACAGACAUCAGAUUUGUAGCUGCAUUUGUAUAUCAUGUGAAAAGCACCAACUUCAGUUGUCUGUCUGUCAACUCUGCUCCAUGUGGACCAGUUUUGUUGAAAUUUGGCACCAUUUAUUCUUCAAGGAUCUUUCUUAGACAGUUUAGUUUUUUGGGGAUAUCUUAAUACUCUGUUGUAAACAUUUUUGAAAUUUAAAAAUCCCCCUUUGAAAAGCUUUGACAAAUUUGUAAACUUGUCUGUCUGAACUGGGAAACCUGUGCAACUUCAAUUACAAAUUAGUUUACUGUUUCAA